AUGUCUUCUACUCUAGAUGUCAUUCUGAUCGACAACAAUCUUGCCACGUCGCAACAUAAUUUCACAUCUAAAACGGAUGAAACAGCAAGUUACCAAUCUUUUCCGACUACUGAGAUUCAGCAAGCUUAUUUAUUUGGACGAAGUGGCUAUGUCGAACUUGGUCAAGUUUCUUGCUAUUCAUAUGAAGAAUUUGAUUUACUAUCGCAGUUCGAUAUUGAACGACUUGAGCAAGCAUGGAACCAUCUGAUUCAUCGUCAUGAAGCAUUACGGACCAUUUUUAUAUCUGACACAGAACAGCAGCUUCUUAAAAUAACUCCUUACUAUACGAUACCCAUAGUUGAUUUGUCUAAUACUAAAUUAAUAAAAGACGAACUCAUUAAAAGACGUAAGCAACUAUCACAUCAAAUUCGUCCUGCUAAUCAAUGGCCAUUAUUUGACAUUCAAGUAACUUGUUUUAUUAACGACAGCACACGUCACUUACGCAUCCAUAUCGGUUUCGAUCUUCUCAUAAUGGAUCUUUGGAGUGCGAACAUCAUUUUUUCCGAACUAUAUCAACUCUAUUGCUGUCCACAUGUUAUUUUACCAACGAUUGAUUAUUCUUUCAGAGACUACAUAUUAGCACAAAAUCAAAUCAAAACCACAUCUGUCUAUCAAGUCGACAAAAAAUACUGGAUCGAUCGAUUACAUUCAUUUCCAUUGGGUCCUAGUUUACCACUACGCUGUUUACCAACAGAACUAAAGAUACAAAAGUUUGUGCGCUUGCAACGUACAUUAGAUCAAUCAGUAUGGAGUCAGCUGAAAGAGCGAAUCAGCAGUACUCAACUGUCACCUGCUGGGUUUCUUACAUCUAUCUAUGCAAUUGUGUUGGCUAAAUGGAAUGGUAAUCGACACUUCUCAAUCAAUCUACCAAUCUUCAAUCGUCUACCGAUACAUCCACAAGUCAAUCAUAUAGCAGGUGACUUCACAUCAGUCAUUCCACUAGAAGUCAACUUACAGGAAAAACAAACUUUUCGUCAAUUUUUCCACACGAUUCAGAAACAAUUAUGGAAUGAUCUUGCACAUAUGUCUUACGAUGGUGUAUCGUUUAUUCGCGACUUGAUGCAUAUUAACAAGACCAGAGAAAUUGUUUUGCCUAUCGUGUUUAUGUGUGGAUUAUUUCACUCGGAUUCCAAACAAAAUACAAACAAACUUCGAGAUCUUUUUGAAAAAACAUCGGUGUAUGGUAUUUCACAAACUCCUCAGGUUUACUUGGAUAACCAAAUUUAUGAAGAAGAUGGACAGCUAGUCAUCCGUUGGGAUCAUGUAGAAAGUUUAUUUCCAAUAUCGAUGAUCGAUGAUAUGCAAAGUGUGUUCAUUGAUCUUCUUACAAGACUAGCAACAUCAAGUGAAAUGUGGCAAGAAUCAGUUUCUGUAUUACUACCAGUUGAACAACUACAAAGACGAUUCAUCUUUGUCGAAACCAAAUGGAAGUCUGACAUAGAAGCACAACUAAUUCACACUUUAGUUAUUGAUCAAGCACAACAAACGCCUAAUGCUUGGGCGAUUAUAUCAUCGCAAGAAAAUCUAACGUACGAACAAUUAAUGAAUCGUGUUUAUUCAUUAGCAUAUCAUCUACAACAACAACAUGAAAUAAACUCCAAUCAACUCAUUGCUAUUCUCAUGACAAAAGGAUGGGAACAGAUUGUUGCUUGCUUAGCUGUUUUAGUGUCAGGUGGUGCUUAUUUACCUUUGGAUGUUGAUUCACCCUACGAUCGUCUUUGUUCAUUAGUCGAAGAAACUAAUAUUCAUAUUAUUCUAACACAAUCUCAUUGCCAACAUAGAUUUCCACAUCUCACAACUAUUCCAGUCGAUACAUUCACAACUGAUGAUAAUUAUCCAACACCAUUUCCUAUUAAACAUCAAUUAUCAACUGAUUUAGCUUAUGUUAUUUAUACAUCUGGUUCAACUGGAAAACCAAAAGGUGUUAUGGUUAGUCAUCAAGCUGUUCUAAAUACUAUUCUUGAUAUGAAUUCAAGAUUAGAAAUCUCAACUAAUGAUAGAAUAUUUGCAUUAUCACAUCUCAAUUUUGAUUUAUCAGUUUAUGAUAUAUUUGGCAUGUUAAUUGCUGGCGGAACUAUAGUAAUUCCAAAUCAUGAAGAUUAUAAAAAUCCUCAACACUGGUAUGAUAUGAUAAUUAAACAUCAUGUCACUAUUUGGAAUAGUGUUCCAAUGUUAAUGCAAAUGUUUGUUGAACAUCUCAAACAUACGAAUAAUCAUAAUAACCAAUUACGACAUAUCUUACUAAGUGGUGAUUGGAUACCAGUAUCUUUACCCGAAUCGAUUAAAACAACAUUUGGUGAACAAGUAACAAUAACUAGUUUGGGUGGUGCAACAGAAGCAUCCAUUUGGUCGAUUGCUUUUACUUUGCCAAAAGAAAUACCACAAGAAUGGAAAUCAAUUCCUUAUGGAAUACCAUUAAGAAAUCAACAAUAUUAUGUUUAUGAUAUACAUCUUGAUGAUUGUCCUGAAUGGGUCAUUGGUGAAUUAUAUAUUGGUGGUGAAGGUUUAGCUAAUGGUUAUUGGAAUGAUCAAGAAAAAACACAAUCAAGUUUUAUUAUUCAUCCAUUAACUAACGAACGUCUCUAUCGAACAGGUGACUAUGGUCGAUUUGUACCAAAUGGAUAUAUUGAAUUUACGGGACGAAAAGAUUUUCAAGUAAAAGUACAUGGUCAUCGUAUUGAACUUGGUGAAAUUGAACAUCAUUUACAACAACAUCCAGAUAUUCAACAAGCUAUUGUUAAUAUUGAUGACAAAUCCCAACACUUAAUUGGAUAUAUUAUACCAAAAAAAUAUUCUAUCGAUAGUGAAGAAAAUGAUUCAACAGAAAUGUUGAUCACUGAUCCUAUUGAACGUAUCAAUCUCAAGCUUGCAAGACAUAGUAUAAGACAUCAAAAGAAAAUAGAAAAGAGCUUUGCUCUAAUAAAACCAAAGCUUACAGAAACAUUAAUCAAUACAUAUUAUAUGAGAAAAAGCUAUCGACAAUUUAUAAAUGAAACUAUUGAAAGAUCUACUAUAGAAAAAUUGUUAAAAAACUGCCACAAUAGCAGUAAUCAUGAGAAAAUAUCUUUAUCUCAUCUCGAUUCUGAUAUUCUUAGUCAAUUAUUAGCAGUAUUAACACCGAUCAGUAUUUCUGAUAAAGAUUUACCAAAAUAUCGUUAUGCAUCAAUUGAUGAUCUUUAUCCAGUACAAGUAUAUGUUGAAUUACCAACAUCUACGGAUAAUAUUUUGCCUAGUGUUUAUUAUCAUAAUCCAGAUGAACAUACUCUAGAGUUGAUUAGUACUCACAUUAAUAAUGAUAUGAUGAAUAUAAGAUUACAUCUUGUUGGGCGAUCAUCAGUAAUUGCACCGCGAUAUGGUAAAAAAUUGGGUUCUCAAUUUUGUAUGCUAGAAACAGGAUAUAUUAUGGGAUUAUUGGAAAAAGAAGGGUCACGAUUGGGAUUGACAUUUUCAACAAAUAUUCAUAAUGAAUCUAUAACUCGUGAUAUUUUGAAUAUAGAUGAGAAUGACACUCAUUGUUGUUUCAAAAUUUCAUCAUCUGAGCAACAUAUAUCUACUAAUGUACAAAAUGACAGUUAUCAAUGUAUUAUUUAUCUAAAAUCGGUCAAUAAUAACAAAGACCAAUGGUUUAUUUAUAACAACGAAGAUGAUACUAUUACACCUUUUGAUGUCGAAACUGCAACUACACAAGAGGAAAUACCACUGUUCUUUGAUGAUGACGAUGAUACAAAGAUUAUAUUCCAUGAUUGCCAAUGUGCAAUCUUCUUCAUCGGACGAUCAGAACACACAUUGAAUAUAGGAAAGAUGUCACAUUUAUUAAUGGGCCAUGGUUUAGAAAUAAAUAUUGGUAUGUGUCCAAUUGGUACUCGUAUGAGUUUUCCAAAACAAAUCAAUGAUGUAUUAGACACUAUUCUUAUUCGUGAGAAACUAAAUGGAAGUAACAUAUUACAUACAUUACUUAUUGGAAAAAUUACUAAUAAACAAAAAAGUGAACACACUAUUUCAAAAGUAAAAUCAAUGCCGAACUGGAGCGAAACGUUACGAAUAUAUCUAAAGAAAAAGCUUCCAAUGUAUAUGGUACCAUCACAUUUUAUGAGUGUUUCAUCAUUUCCGUUAAGUCCAAAUGGCAAAAUUGAUCGAAAAGCGUUACCAGAAAUAUCACUAUCAGUGCUUCAACAAGAAGAUACCUAUAAUGCACCAAAUACUGAACUAGAAAAGACAAUUGCGAAUAUUUGGCAAGAAAUAUUAUACACAGAUCGACUUAUUAUACAACAUGGUGAACUGGAAUCUAAUAAACUGCCGUCCAUUGCAAACGUCUCCGAUAUAGACAGACAAACAUCUUUUCUUAUAUCUACUACAACUAAUUUCUUUAGUGUUGGCGGCAAUUCUCUUUUACUUGUUGAGAUCUAUCAACAUUAUCAAUCAAAAUUUAAUUUUGAAAGAGAAGCAUUGAGUAUUCGACCAUUCUUUGACUAUAACACCAUAGUAGAACACGCAAAACUACUUGAGAAAAUCAUCAUCGAUGGUACACAACUAAAACAAUGGCAUACGCUACAUAUUAACGAAGAUGAUGACAGUAUUUUAAAACAAUCUAUCACUGAUAAACAUCUGACAUUUACAUUAGCGGCCGAUAAAACAUUCAAAAAUGAAACCGAUCUUCAUAGCAUUAUUUCACAAAUAAAUGCUAAUCCUAAUCUGUUCGAUUUAUCAAGUGGUCGUGUUUUUUAUUGUCAAAUUCUCAGACAACAAAUAGCACCUAAUGAAAAUUAUGAUAAAGAAAUUAUUAAAAACUCUGAUGUUCUCGUUAUCGGCUUUCAUCAUGUUGCCAUAGAUCAUUCAACUUUCCCCAUUUUUUUCAAUGAUCUAUGGAAUACUUACAAUAGCCACGUGACGUACUUAGAUGAUGAAAAAUCAUUACAAUAUAUUGAUUAUGCUGUUCAUGAACGUCUCAUCGAUAUGACGUUGUCACGUGAGUUUUGGCGUUUACAACUCGAAGGAUGUAACUUGAAACGUCAAUUGUCAUUACCAAUCGAUCAGCACUGUUUAUCUAAUAAUGGACGCUCUGGUUUCGCUUCUACCAUGCAAAUCACUUUCGACAGAAAAAUAUCCUCAUCAUUUCUUAAUUAUGCUUCUUUACAUCAUUUGACACUAUUUCAACUCGGAUUGGCCACAUUCUAUACAUUUUUAUUCAAGUUAACAUAUAGUCAAACUGAUUUAUGUAUUUCAUGUCUUAACGCUAACCGAUACAGAUCUGAAUUACAGACUAUGAUAGGAAUGUUUACUUCAAUAUUACCAUAUUGUAUGCAACUUGAUCCUCGUUGGUCAUUUGAUGAAGUUACUAAACAUGUACGAGAAAAAUGUUUAUCAAUUCUUGAACAUUCUCAUUAUCCACUUCAACAUAUUCUUCGUGAUUUUCAUCUAGAUCAAUCAACUGCUCCUUUUCUUCAAACAGUUUUUGAUUUCAUGACUGAAUCUUCAGUUAGCGAUCAGUUUACGUUCGAUGAUGUUAUUUUACAGCCAAUAUCAUUAAAAGAGUUUCCGGGUUUGGCUAAAUUUGAUUUUAUGUUGACAUUUUAUUACGAUCCAAUCUUGGGUGACGACAUAUUGUCAUGUGAUUUUAUUUGUUCACGUGAUCUAUUUGAAGAUACAACAGUUACAAAAAUAAAAGAAAGAUUUGAAUAUCUUUUUGAACAACUUUUUUCAAUGAAUUUGAACGUUAAUCAGGCUGACUUAGUAGCUUCAUCUAUUGCCAAACUUACUCUUAUCUUACCAGAUGAAAUGAAUGAAAUGCAACACGUAGCUUUUUAUCGCCAAUCAAAUGUGACGAACGAAGAAUCAUCAUUAUUAACACUGCUACUUGAUAGUUUUUUCUUAUGGUCAACUCUGUUUCUGUAA